AUGGCAGAUAAUCUAGACCCCCUCGAGCCCUCUCCGUACAAGACCCUCAACGUUCUCAAAGAUGCUCCGCUCUCAACCAUCAGGAGCGCUCAUCGGAAGCUUGUACUGCUGUACCAUCCUGACAAGGUGCAAAAUGAAGACGAGAAGAAGACAAAGGCCGAGCUAUUUCACCAAGUGCAACAAGCUUAUGAGAUAUUGAGCGAUGACAACAGGAGGCGGCGUUGGGAUGACCGAGCCAGGUUGGCAGAGCUUCGAGCUGAGAUCCUGGAAGAAAGACCUCGGCCGCCACCCCGAAGAUCUGAGACCUUUGCGGCCCCAAGAACCGCACAGCCUCCUGUGUUUGAGGUUCGUGGUGGAAGAGUCUACGAAGAAAGAGUUCCAAAAUCCGCGCGAGCCUACACGGAAGAUUUCGGCUCUCCUUUUGCAGAAGCAAGACCAUCGUCCAGGAAAUAUGAGGAUACCUAUGAUGAGACGCCAUCGAGGAAGACAUCCGGACGAGGCCCAGAUGAUAGGAGACGGCAUACUGUGGAAGACGAACGUUGGGAAAGGAAGGAGCGGGAGAAGCGGGAAAAGGCUGAGGAGAAGAAACGAAGGGAGCGACGAGAUGCAGAACGAGCUAGAGAUCGAAGGAGGGAUCUUGAAGCAAAGUCUCGGAGUCAAAGAGCCUACGUAGAAGAAGAGUCUUCAGACUCUGAGCCCGGCGACUCCUACUUCCCCCGCGCAUCAGAACCCAAAUCAAAGCGAAGGGAUGAAGAUUCUAGGAGAUAUCGUGAAGAGCCAUCCAGGAUGUAUGGCAGAAAAGGGAAUCCUCGGUCCAGUGACGAAGCUCUAGAACGUAAAGAGAAUGCGGCCUAUGAAUACAUGCGUAGGUCAAGUGAGCAAGUCGAUCUUGACACACGACAUUCAGGAAGGAAGCGAGCAGACUCAUACCGGGAUCAAGUACCAAUGUCGCCCCCUCUUACACCUGUUGAUGGUGGCCGACGUUCUUCGGGUGAUGACGGGAGGAAAGCGACAAAAGGCACUCAUUCUAGCAGACCGCCCAGCCCGGUAAGAAAGUCCACGAAGGGAAAACCUAAGAUCGAGAUCAUGGAGCCUCCUCCAGUACGAAAGCCGAACAUGCCAGUCGCAUCGUCUGAUCGCAGCUACCUCCAGAAAAUGGCAUCGUCAAAAGGCAGAGGCGAACCUCAACGAUCUGCUACGGAUGUGCCGCCAAAGAAGUUCGCCCAUCCAGGACUGUCACGUUCAGAGACUAUGCCUAUUGACAACAUGCGGCGAGGUGCUUCGCAGCCCUCUAAACACAAGAAGACUCUUGACCCGAGUGACAUUAGCUCAGAAAGCUCGAGUGGAAGCGACACUGAAUCAGAUGAUGACGUUCCUCCACCCCCUCCACCUCCUCGAAGACCUCAGCCGCAAGCUCGGCAGCAGUCUACGAGAUACCGAGUAGCUCUUGGGGAGGAAGACCGAUCUUCACGUACAGUCUACGUAUCACCAGAUGAGAUGCCUCAUUCGCGAGACGAUUCGCCCAAGAAUCCACGUCGUGCAACAACUGACCGUCCUGACCGUCACACCCCUCGGCCUUCACCAAUUGCACGUGCGGCUACCUUCCAGGAGCGACCCUCAACUCGCAACAACUACGGCAGCUAUCGUGAAGAGUCUCCGCGUCUCAAGACACACCAAUCGGCGCGUGGGGAAAAGAGCCUAUUUGGUGAAGUUACUCAAGAGGAACCCUCGCCGAAGGCUACACCAAAGUUUUUCCCCAUUUCAAAAGACGAUCGCGAUGAUAGAAGCUAUUCUAGGAGAGGUUCGAAGGAUGUGGAUAAGGACUAUUCUCCGAGGUCGCACCAGAAAGCUCAUCGGCGACCACACGCAAGGGAGAUCUCUACAUAG